UUGGUACAGUCCAAAGGGUUGUCAGGUUAAAAAGUCAGGAGUUCUCUGUUUGCUGUAGUGCUUCUGUGUGUGUUUGCAUGAGAGAUCAAAAACCCGUAGAGCAAAGCCAAUCCAGACAUAGUGCCAUGAGUUCUACUACUUCAGUAAAACCCUUCAAAGACCAAAAGUAUGAAGACCUCAAGCAGGAGUGCCUUGAACAAAGGAAGCUCUUUGAAGACCCUGAAUUUCCAGCUUCUGAUGCAUCUCUCUUCUACAGCGGUCCUCCACCGGGCAAAGUGGAAUGGAAACGCCCCAAGGAGCUCUGCGAAGAUCCUCACUUGUUUGUAAAUGGAAUCAGCUCCCAUGACUUGCAUCAAGGACAACUGGGGAACUGUUGGUUCGUGGCUGCCUGUUCUUGCCUGGCUCUUCGGAAGAAGCUCUGGCAAAAGGUCAUCCCAAAUGUUGAGGAACAGGAUUGGGACCAAAAGAAGCCAGAGCAAUACACAGGCAUGUUUCACUUCCGUUUCUGGUGUUUUGGAGAAUGGAUUGAUGUGGUCGUAGAUGACCGGCUGCCAACCAUGAACAAAAAGCUGCUCUUCUGCUCUUCUAAGGCCCACAAUGAAUUCUGGUGUGCGCUCCUGGAGAAAGCUUAUGCCAAGAUGGCUGGAUGUUAUGAAGCCUUGGACAACGGCAGUGCUGCAGAGGCAAUUGUUGAUUUCACAGGAGCAGUUGCUGAAUCCAUUGACUUGGUUGAAAGCGGAUAUACCCAUGACAUAAUUGAGCAGGCCAAACUCUUUGGAGACUUGCUGAAAGUUCAACGAAGGGGUGGAUUGAUCAGCUGUUCCAUCAGGGCUCUGUCGUCCAGUGAUUUUGAGUCCGAGACCAAGACGGGUUUGGUCAAGACCCAUGCCUACUCAGUGACAGCAGUCCUGAAGAUGAACCUUGGAGAGAAGCGUCUGUCGUGCGCAAAGUCUGAGAAACUUUUCAUGAUCAGGUUGAGGAAUCCCUGGGGGGAAAAAGAAUGGAACGGUGCUUGGAGUGACAAGUCAGAGGAAUGGAAAAAAGUGAGCAAAGCUGAACGCGAGAAAUUAGGACUCACUAUUGAAAACGAUGGAGAGUUCUGGAUGACAUUUGAAGACUGGUGCAAAAACUUCACUGACGUUGAUAUCUGUCGGAUUGUGAACACAUCCCAUUUUAGCAUCCAUAAGACUUGGGAAAAGAAAAUGAUGCGUGGUCGGUGGACCAAGAACCCAGACCCUCUGUUAAACCGCUCCGGGGGAUGUUCAAAUAACAAAGACACCUUUUUACAAAACCCACAGUAUGUCUUUGACGUCAAGAAGGCUGAGGACAAAGUGUUGAUCUCGCUGCAGCAGAAGGACAAACGCAUUCACAAGAAAGAAGGGACAGGCUAUCACUUCUCGAUGGGCUUUGAAAUCUUCAAGGUGGAGGACAACAGAAAAUACCGAAUGCCUUCACUGCAAAUUCAAGAGAAGGUUGUCACUUCCACGUACAUUGACAAUCGCAUGAUAUAUUUGAAGGUGCUUCUCAAGAAAGGCAGAUAUGUCCUGAUCCCAACCACCUUCAGUCCUGGCAUUGAAGAUGAGUUCAUUCUGAGGAUGUUCACAGAUGUGCCAUCAGAGCUCAGAGAACUCAAAAUGUAUAAACCUAGGCUAACUUGCCUGGAUAUGCUCUUUGGUGUCCCUCGGAGGGUGUCUCAAAUUAAAAUCCACUCGGUGGAGGAUCUCCAAAGUCAAGACAGUCAUGGUGGAGCAAAUCCCUAUGUAAUCAUCGAGUGUGAGAACAGGAAAGUCCGGUCUCCCGUGCAGAAAGGCACAGUCAAUGCUGUGUUCAAUACACAAGCCAUUUUCUACCGAAGAAACAUUCGGCGUCCUAUUACUGUCCAGGUUUGGCAUAGCAAGAUCUUGAGCAACCGGUUCCUGGGACAAGUUCAGAUGACAGCCUCACCAGAUGACCUCAGAGGAGUUCAGAAGCUCCGACUCCGGGGGAGAGGCAGGCGCGAAGCAGACGAGAUGCCAGGUUGCGUCACCGUCAAGGUCCUUUCCAGUGAUGCCCUUGCGGAGCUAUGAACAGCGAAGGCUGACAGGCCCAGACGAGGCUGUCACUUCGCAGCAAGGGACGUCGCUUGUCUCCUCAGUGGGAAUGAAGUGAGAACGUUGAUCGGCACGUCGGCCUGAAUGGCUUUAAAAAUAGCCUUCGUGGGUUGUUGCGGCUGGAUUCUACCUGAGCAACAAGAAAUUGCUCAAAAGAGAGGACAGGAGGGAACAAAGCAAGAGUCCAUCCCAUGGUUCCACCUCCUUUUCCCCACCCACCACUCAUUUCAUGAUUUCCCAUCUUUUGUACAGUGACUCCUCUCCUUAAGGCUUAGUUACCGACAGUGCGAGCUUUAAGCUUAAAAUCUGCUGGCGUUUUCUUUGUUUUUGGAUUUUCCACUCAGCCCUUUUUCCUUUGGUCCUGACCCUUUGCCUUCAGGAAAGGAAAAGAACCUCUCAUGCAAGCACUGAGUCAUUACUUACUCUUGGAGGGACACCAGCUUUCACUGACGUUUUCUUGGCAGGCCUUGUAGCGGGGUGGUUUGCCGUUGCCUUCCCCGGCCGUUAUUACCUUUCCCCCACCUAGCUGGGUACUCAUUUUACCGACCUCGGGAGGAUGGAAGGUUGAGUCAACCCGAGCUGGCUGCCUGAAACCAGCUUCCGCUGGGAUCGAACUCAGGCCGUGGGGAGAGUUUCAGCUGCAGAAACUGCUGCUUUACUGCUCUGCGCCACACGAGGCCUUCAGCUUUGCCCACAAAAGUGGCCCCCAGAUAGACCUUUGGUGCCUUUGGGGUCAUUUUUGUUAGAAAAUUGAAAUUUCAUGGGGAUGGGUGGGACUUCCACAACCAAGACUUCGCAUAUUGAUUCAGUGGAACUGGGUUUUUUUUGGGGGGGGGGGACUCAUAUAUAAAUGCCACGCUCUGAUUGUCAUUAAUCGCUCUGUUGCUGCCACUGCUGCUAACCCCUAAUGCCUUUUCUUUGCCUCAUUAAAUAUCCCUGCAACAGUCAAAGUAGCUGCUGUAUUUUGACACGUAGGAGGACAAAUCCCAUGACGAGAGGAUCAAAAUUCACGAACGCUACACGCAAAGCUUGCGAUUCCUGUUUUGCAGUUUGGCAAAUAGAACCAGAGGCUCACAUCCACACUGGCAAACGUCAUUUACCUUCCAACUGAACCAGCUUAAUUGCUUAAUUUAGCAGAGCUCCCUGACAGUUAAAAAGGGUUAGAAAAGCUAACGGUACAUAUGUAGAGAAGCAAAUGUCUGUACUCUUUACACUUUCGCUCCUGUGGUCAAAAGCAAUGUGUUAGCAGGCAGGAGACUUCAUACAAUAUAUUCUAGUAAUAGUAGUAAUACAACCUUUAUAUAAUGCAUUUUAUAAGUUCAGAAUACUUCACAUAUAUUCUCUUUACAAGAGCCCUGGCAGGGGGGCAGGCUAUUAUUAUCUCUUUGCUCGCGGGUUUUCUAGAUGAACAUGAAGGGCUUUGCCAAGUCAUGCUGUCUUUUACCGAUUCAGAAAGUUCCUGACUAUUGAACACGUUUUAAGUAUGACUGUUUUCUGGAUGUUGAUGUGGAUGUAUUGGCAAGCCCAGUUUCUCAAGGCCUUUGGUAAAAAAAUAUAUAAUGUGAAGCCACAUGUGAAGACUAACAGAAUAAUUGUACCUUUUUCCUGUUGCCAUAGUUCUUUUGGGGGCUAUUAGUCUUUGUUCUGUUAACAUGUCCAUUAGGUGUGUGUGUGUGUGGGGGGGUAGAUUUCCAGAAAUAGUAUGGAAAUGUUCUGUUCAGUAUCCUGAUGCUAUUGUUAUGAGUUGUGGGCUUUUAUAGUAACAACGCAUAACAUUACGAUUCAUUUCAUCUGACCAAGCUAAGUGUUGCCUUGGGUGUCCCGCCUUGGUGGUUGCCUGUGGAACCAGCAAAACACAUGUGUGGGAGUUUGGGUGGAGAAGAGAAGAUUAAGGGGAGACAUGAUAGUGCUCUUCAAAUACUUGAAAGGUUGUCACACAGAGGAGGGCCAGGAUCUCUUCUCGAUCCUCCCAAAGUGCAGAACACGGAAUAACGGGCUCAAGCAGCACAGCAAUAGAACCAAUAACUUUGGGAGGUUGUGGGCUCUCCCACACUAGAGGCUUUCAAGAGGCAGCUGGACAGGCAUCUAUCAGGGAUGCUUUAAGGUGGAUUCCUGCACUGAGCAGGGGAUUGGCGUUGAUGGCCUUAGAGGCCCCUUCCAACUCUACUAUUCUAUGAUCCUAUGGGUGGUUAUUCUUGUUUUCCUUAUUCAUUGCCUGUUCAUUUCCAUUUUGGCCAACUGUUAGGUUCAUGCAGCAUUCUCGGCCUUGGUGUUGCCCAUUCAAAGCUUUUGUUCUAGUUUUUGUAACCAUUCUUUCACAAUAACAGGGUGGUUAGCCCUGACUAGUGGUGUUUGGCUAGGGUCCACGACUAUGUUAUAAUUCUGAGCCUUCUGUGAAGAGACACCAGGACAAAUUAUACCACACAAUCCACAAAACACUCAUGGGAUGGAUUUCAGAAAAUCUGGACAUCCUUCCCUCUAAUACUCUGAACCAACCUGCUAGCCAUAUAGGGCGACUCAUCAGGGAACUGAUAAACUCUCCCAUUUCUGAAAUUUAUUUGAGGCCAUCAAAAUGUGGGGAGGUUUCUGGCAGGCCACAGUAUCAAGCUGAGGUGGCAGGUUCUCAUGAUUCUUGGAUCCUGAGUUAUGGGAGCUCAGGGGUGGUGACCAUUUCAGCACAGGACGAGCAUGAAGACACUUUGAAUGUUCUUUUUUUAAAAUGAAAUCUGACAUUUCUCAUUUGGGGAUGCUGUUAGAUCCAGCACUGUCACUGGAUGCACAGGCAGCCUUGGUGACAUGGAGCACCUUUUAACAGCUUAGGGUGAAAUUCCAGCUACGAUCCCUAUCUGGGCAGAGAUAGCCUAGCUAGUUAUCCAGGCUCUGGUAACCUCUCACCUGGAUUAGUGCUACAUGGGGCUGCUUUGAAAAUGGUCUGGAAAUGUCAGCUGGUCCAAAAUAGUGCAGCAAAGUUUUUAACGGAGACUGGCCAACGUGGUCAUAUAUUGUUCUACUGCUUUAGGAUCUAUCCUAGCUGCCACUCCAUAUCUGGACCAAUUUCAACAUUCUAGUACUCACUUUCAAAACCCUUCAGGCUUGGGGCCAGGUUACCUGAAGGGCCAUUUCCUUCCAUACAUACCUUGUCCACAUUGCACGAGGAUGGCCCUCAGAUGAUCUUCAGUGGCCCGCCUUCAAAGUGCCACCUCCGAAUGAAUUAAGGCAGGUGGAUACUAAGGAGAGGCUUUUUCAGUCGUGGCACCCUAGUUGCGGAAUCUUCUCCCCAGAGGGGCUUUCCUGACCCUACAUUAUGGUCAUCUCAGCACCAAGUGGAGGCCUUUUUAUUUUCCAGGCUUUUUAGACUGUGUUGUGUUAGUGCAUUUUUAGACCUUUGUUCUGCUGUUCACUUCUGUUUUAGUUACUACUUCAGUUUUAUCCUUUUUUCAACAUAUGGUUUUGUAUUACAUUUUACUAUGUAAUUCUAUUUUAUGGUCUUGUAAAUCGUCCAUAGAAUCUCAGCGGAUGGGUGGUUUAGUAAUGCAAAAAUGAAUAAAUAAAUUCUAUCUCGUCUGCACUGCAUCACGCUCUUUGCUAUCUGAUUUCAAUAUGGGUUUAGUUUGG